UAAAGUGUGUGAAGUUCACUGGUAGAUAAGUGAUCCUUGAUAGGUCAAUGAAAAAAGAAGAGAACUGCGUGUCGCCGUAACAGUUUACCAAUAGCAUGGAUUGACAACGAGUGAAACGGCUUGUGUGAUUCUCUAGUCAUGCGCUGAUUCAAGAGUUCAGACAGCUCAGCGCGACCGACGCAGUAGAUCAACUAUUGUGACCCGAUCCCCGCUGGAAUGCUGCCCCGACCUUACCCUUCCCUGUGUCGUAAAGUUGAUGUCGAGGGCCGAUUUGUUCCGCUAUCUCCCGUGAUGACAUCGCUAGUUGGAAACGUUGACGCAUUCAGUGCAUUUGACAACGGACAAUGUUAUUCGCCAUAAUCUGAACAGGACCCAGAAGUUGUCAAGCCAUGCACCAAACAAGGCGGAGGAAAAAGCGACCCAGCUAUGGGGUUAGAACUGUGGAGUUGUCUAGGGGCACAAAAGGUUUUGGCUUCACAAUCUCUGGACAGGCACCGUGCAUCCUCAGCUGUAUUGUCGCCGGGAGCCCAGCAGAGCGUGUGGGUUUGCGGCCAGGUGACUUCCUUGUAGCGGUGAAUGGACACAAUGUAUCGCGGGCACCCCAUGACGAUGUGGUGCGGCGUAUUGGGAGUUCAUCGGGUCCUCUGAAGCUUCAGAUUGCAGAGAAUUAUUACUCCGAUUCUUCGGAGGAGGAAGCCACCACACCUGGCCGUACUCACCACACACGACCACGACAUAGACACGUGCCUCGCUUGGCUGCACGGGAUGCCCAUGGACUUUUUCCUCCAAAUACUAAUCAAGCGGACAGUAACAAGGCACUGCUGGAGCUUAUCCUGGAGCAAAAGGGGCUUCGCACAUCUCUGGUCUUGCGCACAGUGGUGGGCUACUUGGGCACCAUCGAACUUCCACGUGAGGUGGCUGGCUCACGGCUUCAGGCUAUCCGCAGUUGCGUACGUCGCCUGCGGCUGGAGCAGAAAGUGCACACACUGGUUCAGUUGUCGGUGUUGCGGGAUGGUGUGUUGUUGGCUGACUUACGGGGCGCAGCAUUGGCACGUUUUCCAGCCGAGCGCAUUGCAUUCAGUGCUGCUUAUGCUGAUGAUAGCCGAUUUCUUGGCUUGGUCACCAAGGGAGCAGAUGGUGCCCUCUCAUGCCAUGUACUCAUGGUGGACUCACGGCUGAGGCUUCCCCCAGGUGUAUUGCGGGCAGCACCUCUGCACACAUCUGCAGAGCCUAUUUUACGUGCUGUGGCAGCCCUCUACCAUCGUGCAGAUGGCCCUAAUGCCUCUCCCCAGCCCAGCCAGGCGGGCAGCAGCAAUAGCAGCAACAGUGACAGUGGCAUUGGCUUCAGGGAUGAAGGUAAUGCAAGCGACCGUGUGCUUGUGGUGGACGUGGAAGGCCAGCCACGCUUCCAAAGCUUCAGCUUGGACAGGCAGGGAGCAUUACCUGCGUGCCCAGACACUGAGCGGUUGCGGGCAAGGGCCAUGCCAGAUCCUGCUGGAGUCGGUAGCGAGGCUCCCCUCGUCUUGCCAGAUUGGGUGGACAGCAGCCCACUUGGAGGCUCCUUGCUGGAUGACACACUCACAGCUGCAGACCAUUGUCCUGAUGGAGAGAGUGUUGACCUCCAGUCAUCUACAAAAGGAGAAGAUGGUAGUUCCUCAGCUACCCCACGAAGGAAUGAAAGCAGCUGCAGCAGCAACAAAAAUUGGACGAGGUCAUCAUCACUUCGGAGGCAUCAGCGGCGAAGUCAUCAUCGAAGAAGCACACACGAGGCAGGAACUGUGUCCGAUGGUGAGGUGACAAGCGAGAAGCUUUCCAUGUCCAGCAGCGUGCAAAGCUUGGAGCAAGCUAGUGAUUCUAGUAGCACCUGCGAUCAGCCGCGUGGUCGAGUGGGUCGCUGGCUUGCUGGUUUCGAUGAACUUCUACAUGACCCUCUUGGUCUCUUAGUGUUUGCAGAAUUUUUGAAGAAGGAAUUCAGCCAAGAGAACAUCUUUUUCUGGGUGGUGUGUGAGCAGUACAGAAAAAUGCUUGACGGGUGUGAGCGCAAGGCAGCCGCAACUGCCAUCUACCAAAAGCACCUGGGCCCUGGUGCGCCAGAACCCGUCAAUGUGGACAGUCGGGCUCAGCUCUCCGUGCAAGAAGGUCUCGACGAGGCAGCACCUGACCUUUUUGUGCCUGCGCAGAAGCAAAUAUUCAACCUAAUGAAGUUUGACUGCUACCAGCGCUUUCUCAAGUCUGAACUUUUUAAACAGUGCAUGCUGCGCGAGGUGCAGGGUAAGCCCGUCUUUCCUGAAGCCGAGAAGGAAGCUUGGAAACUUCACAAGGAGGAUAAGCGUCGCAGGUCUUUCUUGCCUUGGCACAAAAACUUGAAGCUGGUGGGCAGCAAGUUGGGUGAAAGAGCUGCCUGGGCGCGAAGAUCUUCCAAGAAGAAGAAAGCGCUUAAGGAAGGCACAGCUUCAGACCUCACCAGCAGCCAUUCUUCACUAGCUAGCAGUGAAGCCAGCCUGGGCUUGCUUUGCUCUGCAUCCCGUGAGUCACUGACAGGGGCUCCAGACUCCAACUGUAUCCUUAGCAGAGUCGUACUGCCAGAUGGCUCCUCUACUGUAGUUCGAGUCCAUCGGGGUGAGACUGUUGGUGCCAUGCUUAUGCUGUUGCUGCAGAAGCGCUCACUGACUUACUCUGUUGUGGACAUCUUUGUGGCUGGCUCUGACAAGCCUAUAAGUCCAAAUGUUGACGUUACAAUGGUUGGGUGCAAGGAAAUUCAUGUUGAGCCACGGGCAGUGUUCUGUGUGAUUCUACCUAACAGCAAGAUGCUUGGAGUGAAGGCAGUUCCCCGCCGCUCAUGUGGAGAAGUGCUGCGUCCCAUAUUAGCAAAGUAUAGUGUCCAAUUGGAACACGUGACUCUGCGCAUGUUUCCUGUGCAAGGUGUGACACUAAAGCCAUUGUCAUCCAGUGCCCUUGUCACUGAUGUUGAUGGUCAACACAUCGUGGUGCAAUUCAAGGAGAAUGGUUCUGAGAACCGUGGUACACCUGCUGUGCGACUUCUACCUCAUGGAGAGAGUGUGGUUCCCCGGUUUCUGGAUGCCAUUCAUGAUGGGAAAGUCCAGUUCGAUGUUCUUGGUGUCACUGACCUAGAUAUUCUAUUUCCUCCUGUGGUGGAGCUGCGCCAGUGUGGAAAGAGCCAUGGCAUGUACCUGCCUCCCUCUGCACUGCGGACAACCAUUGAGAAGAGCCCUCUUGUAGAACGCUUGCGGCAGAGGGAGACAAGUCCCAGGGAAAGAGACGAUGCACGUGACUUAUGGGUGUGCCGUGAGCUGGUCCGAAACCUGGAUGCAGCUGCACCAUCUCCUCCACCACCUUUGCCUCCUAAGGCCAAGCAGCGAGGACCCCCACCACGACCACCUUCUCGACCUCAGGGAGGCUACCUGUCAGAUGACGAGGAUCCGGGCUUAGCAGCCAAGCCUCUUGAGCAUGGAGACUUUGUACACAUCCCUGCCAAGACUUCCUUGACCAAUCAUGACUGCAACAUCAGUUUCGUCUAAGAUACGCAAAUGUCGCGCUGCCGAAGUGGGCUCUGGGAAAAGAGGGUUAGGCCUACAUCCCCGCGGAAUUUCAAGAGCCGGCGAUGGUGCAGAGCGAAGUGCCGCGUGCGUGAAAAUCGGGUAAUUUCACACUUUUGCAAGCCACCACGAGUGCUUUAAUUGUAUUUUUCGAAAACGUCUAGUUAAUUCUCAGCUUUGAUUUUUUAAUAUUUGAGGUGAAGACUUGGAGGAAUACAAAACACAAAAUUGACUUUUGAAAAAAAUCGUUUUUUUACCUGCAUCUCCCCUUAAUGACAUGUAACUAAUGUGUGCAGUUUUGUUUUUAAUAAGAAUAGUUUUCUUUGUGAGGACCUGCCAAGAAAGAUUGUGUCACUGUAGUCUCAUAAAGUUUGUGUGUAAUAAUGUAGCUGUCUCUUGAGUGAUGGAAGAAGUGGCUCUUAGAACUGCCAAGUGUAUGUAACAUAUUCGGUCACUCAUUGCCAUAGGUGUUCAAGUGCCACUUUUUGGUGUUAUUAUAAUUAAUAAAAAUUUUUCUUUACAUCUCAACUGUAACAGAGCUCAGUGUUCAUGUUCAGUGUAAAUGGUAUCUAUAUUUGUGCUAGCAUGUGGUUGACAUUACUCUUGGUGAGCUGUUAGUACGACCACAGUGUAUCAUACAACAUAACGACUGCGCUGCAAGUUAUUGUGUAUACUGCUUUCUCCAUUUCUUCAGAGCAACCUUUGUUAAGUCAUAGUCAAAUAAUUGUUUGUGUGCUGUUUGUGACUCACUUGGCAUAUGUUGAAGCCAGUAAAACACUGUAGUUACAUUAGUUUGCUUCUCUAGCUGGGAGUCUCAUCUUGUUUAAUCGUACUGCCUCCAUUUUGAGGAAAUAGUUUCUACAUCAGGUCGGAAGUAGAAAUGCUUUAUUUUACAAAAAGAUAUUCUUCCAGCCAAAUGUGAUUUUGUGUAAUAUUCAUAUAUACUUAGUGCUUAAUAAAUAAUCUAAUGCUGCGUAGUGAUGUACUCAACUGUAUUCUUUAUAGCCCUUGUGGGAGCAAGUGUAUGUUAACGCCUGUUGUAUGUUAACCUUAACGUCUGUUGUACUAGCCAUGUUGUGUCCAUUGUAGUAGGAGUAAUGUAGUGAGAAACUUGGAAAAAGGAAAUAAAAAUGCUUAUUUAGUGCACAGUGAACUGGAUAGGGCAGUGCAAGAGAUGGUGAUUGUGUUUUGAGGUAUUAAAAAGCACUGUUGUAAAGCUUUUAUGCACUCAGACAAAAUGGUAACAAAGUGGCACCAUUAUGUGUCUGUGCAUACCUUAGUCAUUUUCCUUUCAUCUGGGUGCUAAUUUCACUGUCAAAUAAUACUUGACAAUACUUAGCAUAUACUCAGCAUUAGUGCCAAUAUGGUUACUGGUGUUCACAGAGGGAUUGCUGAAAAGUGCUGUAUACAUUGUGCAUAUAUUAACAAAAUACCAUGAGGCGACUCUGCUUUGCCAAUUUUUGCGCCUUGUAUGGUUCAAAGCAACAUUCGGUGCCAACACAGGAUGCCAGCAAGCCCAAAGUGCAUUUAUUGAUGGUGCUUCUGUUUUUUCUAUGUAUAUAUACUUUCUUGUAUCUAUGAGGGAAAUAUAUAAAUUGCAAUUAAAGAGGAUUCUUUUAGAGC